CCCUCCCGGUUUACGCCCUCCGCUGCCCCGAUGGACGACGGCCAGUGCAGGCCGUUCCCGAGACCUCCUUCUUCCCCUCUGGUGGCUGCGGAGCCGGGACGAUACGCGCCCCGGUCCAUCGAGACGCUGGUGGUGGUGCUGGCGGCGAUCACGAUCAUCGGCGUGGUCGCGGGGAUCAUAGCUCGCCUGUGCGGAGGGAGGCAUUUCGGAGGGAGCGGAGAGAACGACAUCGAGGGCUGGGUCGAGAGGCGGUGCAAGAGCUGCCUCGACGGCGGGCUACCGCCGCCGGAGCCGAAGCCGGAGCCGGCGCCGGAGCAAGCGGAGAAGAAGUGAAGCGGGACUGCUGGGGAGACUGUGAGUCUUAGUCAUUUUCCAUUUUGUCGUGUUUCUUGCUUUCUUUGUUCA